CUUGAACAUCUUUUCGUGUUUUAAUCUUCAAGGAAAUCAAAAUGCCACUAGAAAUUGCGAAAAUGGUGGGCGAUUCCGAACGACCAAAAUGCGAUAUUGAAUUUAUCGGCGUCACAAACGAUCGUUUGUUCACAUCGAGCGAAAGUGGAAAUGUCAUGGUAUGGAACAAGGAAGAUUUGAAAGCGGUGGGCGAAUUGGAUGCUAAACAGUGCCCCAUCUGCUGCAUCGCCGUUAAGGGCAACCAACUUUAUGCUGGUACGUCUGGUGGUAAUAUUGUUGUCUGGGAUAUCGAGACGGCCACUGUUAUCAGGGAGUUAAACGAGCAUCAAGGAAGCGUAGCCAAGAUACGUGUAGUAGGGGACUUGGUCGUUUCAGGCGACACCGAAGGCAAGGUUCUCGUGUGGCAAGGUGACACGUUAAUUCACCUGUACGAAACAGGUGAAGAAGUCUGGGACUUUGACCUUGCCGACGAUCAUCUCUAUUCUAUCCGUGACCGAGACCUCAUCGUCCAAAAGAUCCACAAAACGGAGCAUGGCCACAAAUUGACUACUACCAAAACGUUGGAAGCUCGUGGUCCAAUGUGUCGGCUGGACGGCAGCAUCGCCGUACUUAGCCGAGACGGAAUGGAUAUCCACAUCAUGGAAGAUGAUAAACUCCAAUUUAAGCGAAUUGGUAUCAUCAAGGGUCAAGACCGCAUGAUCAACGCUUUGGCGUACAGCCAACAGCCAAAGAAGACUCACCUGUAUUCGGGCGGAUGGGACAACACGGUUCGCAGUUACGACCUCGAGACUUUCACCCCUCUGUCUGUAGUCGAAUUGGGUCAGGCAGUCAAUUGCAUCCGGCCCGACCCCUCUAGCAGUGGCCACAUCUUCGUCGGCGGCAAUAAUGGCCUUUUGUGCAAGAUCCUCGACAGAUGAAAAA